AUGGGUUCAGCCUAUGAGCUCCAGGAUACCAUCCACAGUUUGAAAGAAGAAAACCAGCACUUGCAAAACCAACUGGAGAACCUCACUCAUGCUUUGCAGGACUUGAAACAUCUAUUCUCUGACUUCUCCAAAGGAGAAGGACAUAAUCCGGAAUACCAACAACAUGCCUGGAAAGGAUGGUCCCAACAUGGCAUAAGUCGUGAUACUCAGCAGAUAUUGGAGCAUAUUCUGUGUUCCCCAGAACUCCAUGGAUCUGCUGAGACUAUCUUUGACUCUUUUGGUCUUUGCUUUCUUGUCUGUGUGCUGCAGAAUGCUUUGGCUUUGUGGUAG